GCGACAAACAUGCGGCCCAGAUAGUGUACUACGCAGUAAUACAAGGGCGAUAAGUGGUGUUGGGUUGAAUUUCGAAUUCGUGGAACUGCAAACUCACAGUGUUUGACAUGGAGCUUCGGAGUUAGGCGAAGGGCGGUGGUAUGGAUGUCACGGGUAGUUUGUGGUCUGUUUGUGUUUUUUUGCUACCCGUAGUAGUAACACAAAAGUUAAAGGUAGACUUGGCUGCUGGUUCCAACUGUACAAGAACAGAUAGACCUGAACCUUUCGAUGUAUCUACAUCGGGAGUAGAGAGGGAUCCCUUGAGCUGCACUUUGUUCGGGACAAACAGUUGCAGGAAUGGCAUCCUUCCGGCUCACCUGGGAGGUCCAUUCAUGGGGUCCCCUCACUCUCUGAAGGUGGAAGGAGCAUACGUCACAAAUCCAGUAGGAAACCGCAACCCACAGCUGGUUAUCACCUGGAAGCCCCCUGCAACAGCUGCUGGCUUCAGUCAUCUGAAGGGGUUCUAUGUGGAAAUACGUAGAUUAACGGGGAUCACCACCAGACCUGAUUUUUAUUGCCGUGUGUUUGACUUGAGUCAGAACAACUUUACAACUCAGGACUACAAGCUGGAAUUCAAAAAGAAAAUGAUGGGAUAUCCUUCUGGGAGCGAUUUCUUGUAUCAAAUGAAGAUAUAUACCUUGCCAAUGGCAGCAGAAUCAACUCCGAAGUCCACCUUCUUUAAACUUCAGCCUUUUCUUGCAAAGGGAAAAACUACGGCAGCAAACUGGUCGACCUCAAUGUCCUACGAGACUGAUAACCUCACAGCACCAGCAAGGAUUACAGUGCUGUUCAGCCUGGCACCGAAAGAGUAUAAUAUCAAGAAGUAUAACAUUGAGCUGGUUAGCAGUCUUGAUGCUAAAAAUGUAAUGUUCCACUGCAUCAUCAACACACUGGACGAUUACACAUGUCAGGGAAAACCGUUCCCGAAACCAACAGAGGAUGCUGAGACCAUAGAACACACCUUCUAUGAUCUUCCACCAGCUAUAUACAAAGUAUGGGUGAGUGUAUGUUUUCCAGCUGUUCCCCUGAUUGAACACAUAAAUUUGGUAUUUAUGAGCCAAGUGGAGCUGUAGUGAGUCUUGAUGUUA